GCUGACGCACCCUAACCGCGAGACCCGGCAGGGCACCAUGCUACGGAGGUGGCGUAAAGUGAGUCGUGCCCGGCGGGCUCUACGGAGGCGGCGUAAGAAGGCCGGGCCAAGUGCUCCGCGGCUGAGGCGUGCUGGUCCCGGCAGCACGGCUGGAGCCGAGUGAGGCCGCACCUCUCUUGUUGAAGUUGGGGAUCAGCCGACGGAGGCGCCUCUCAGCAGCGGACGCUAAGGAGGCGCCGCAGCUCUCAGAGCCAGCCACCCUGUCUCCAGCGUGGGCACUCUGCCUCUCCAUGCUCCCGUUCGAGUGUUGCCGGCCAGAGGUGACCAGGCCCAGCUCUCAGCGUGGCCACUGUCAGGGAGGCCAUGGGGAGCUCCGCCUCCUCCCUGGCCACCGAGACAGAGUCAGACCAUGGCUUCCCUAGGGGGCUGCCCUACCCAGGGCCCUCAGCAACGGCUGGCUGGUGUAGGAGUGGCCCUGGGGCGCCUGUCUGGGGGAGUGCCCUGGUCACCAGGCAGCACCCACGCCCCCGGGCCCGCAGCCACACACACUCACCCGGGUCUAUGGCCACGGUGGGGGAGUGGUCCUGUGCACGUUGCACCUUCCUGAACCCAGCCGGCCAGCGCCAGUGUUCCAUCUGCGAGGCCCCCCGGCACAAGCCUGACCUGGACCAGAUCUUGCGGCUCAGCGUGGAGGAGCAGAAAUGGCACUGUGCACGCUGCACAUUCCGGAACUUCCUGGGCAAGGAGGCCUGCGAGGUGUGCGGCUUCACCCCAGAGCCUGGCCGUGGGGCCACUUUGCUGCCCAUUAUCAAUGGGGUUCUGCCCAAGCCACCCACUGUCCUUGUGGAGCCAAAAGGCAACUGCAAGGAAGAGGCUGGCCCAGUACAGACAGUGGGACUGGAGGCUAUGGAGCCAGCCAGGGGGCGCCCUGAGGAGGGGGAAGCAGAGGAGCUGGAAGACCCAGAGGAAGGGGCAGAACCCAGAAGUGGUUGGGCCUGCCAGCGUUGCACCCUGCACAACACACCUGUGGCCAGCUCCUGCUCUGUCUGUGGGGGCCCCCGGAAACUGUCACUGCCUAGGAUCCCUCCAGAAGCACUGGUGGUCCCUGAGGUAGUGGCCCCCUCAGGCUUCCAUGCUGUACCCACCCCUACCCAGCCAGUCCUUCCUGGGGAAGAUGCUGAGGCUGACCCUCCCUCUACCAGCCAAGCUCCAAAUUCUGCUAACCAGGAACCCCCCAGGGUACCGCCCUUCAGCCCCUUCUCAUGUACCCUACAGAACAACCCUGUGCCCCGAAGUCGCAGGGAGGUUCCUCCUCAGCUGCAUCCACCUGUGCCUGAGGCUGCUCAGCCCUCACCCUCCACUAGCUCCAAAGGCUGGGCUGGGGCUGGGGCUGGGGCUGGAUCCUCCCGCCUUGCAGAGCUUCUGUCAGGCAAGAGGUUGAGUGUGCUGGAGGAGGAAGUCCCAGAGGACAGGCUUAUCCAUGGUGAGACCUGCAGCCCCACUCCAGGCAGUGAUGUCAUUGACCUGACCGGUGACACCGUACGCUAUACACCUGCCAGCCCCUCUAGCCCUGACUUCACCACCUGGGCCUGUGCGAAAUGCACACUCCGGAACCCAACGGCAGCCCCCAGGUGCACAGCCUGUGGAUGCUCCAAGCUACAUGGCUUCCAGGAGCAUGGUGAGCCCCCCACCCACUGCCCAGACUGUGGUGCCAACAAACCAGGUCCCUGUGGCAGCAGCUGUGGACGGUGUCCCUUAGCACACAAGGCUGCCCGCCUUCUAACUGAGCGCCCAGGCCAGUGGGCCUGCCCUGCCUGCACCCUACUCAACACACCCCGGGCCAAACACUGCGCAGCCUGCCACACUCCCCAGCUGCUGGUGGUCCAGCGCCGGGGAGCCACACCUCUGAGGCGCAGGGAAAGCAUGCACGUGGAGAAGCGGCGUCAGACAGACGAGGGCGAGGCCAAGGCUCUCUGGGAGAACAUAGUGGCUUUCUGUCGGGAGAACAGCGUGAACUUUGUAGACGACAGCUUCCCCCCUGGGCCUGCAUCUGUGGGCUUCCCUAUGGGUGACAGCGUCCAACAGCGUGUGAAGCAGUGGCUAAGGCCCCAUGAGAUCAACUGCUCCGUCUUCAGGGACCACAGCACCCCAUGGUCCGUCUUCCACACCCUCCGGCCCUCAGACAUCCUACAGGGGCUACUGGGGAAUUGCUGGUUCCUGAGCGCACUGGCAGUGUUAGCUGAGCGGCCCGACCUAGUCGAGACGGUGAUGGUCACACGUACCCUAUGUGUGGAAGGUGCCUACCAGGUGCGGCUAUGCAAGGAUGGCACUUGGACCACAGUGCUGGUGGAUGACAUGCUGCCCUGCGAUGAAGCUGGCUUUCUCCUCUUCUCGCAGGCACAACGGAAGCAGCUGUGGGUGGCUCUCAUCGAGAAGGCGCUGGCUAAGCUGCAUGGCUCCUACUUUGCCCUCCAGGCAGGGCGCGCCAUCGAAGGCCUGGCCACACUCACUGGCGCCCCCUGCGAGAGCCUGGCGCUGCAGGUCAGCUCCACUAACCCCCGAGAGGAGCCUGUUGACACUGACCUCAUCUGGGCCAAAAUGCUGAGUUCUAAGGAGGCUGGGUUCCUCAUGGGUGCCUCCUGUGGGGGAGGCAACAUGAAGGUAGAUGAGGCUGCCUAUGAGAGCCUGGGCCUACGCCCCCGCCAUGCCUACUCCAUCCUGGACGUCCGUGACAUUCAAGGCUCCAGGCUCCUGCGACUCCGGAACCCCUGGGGCCGUUUCUCCUGGAAUGGCAGCUGGUCUGAUGAGUGGCCUCACUGGCCAGGGCACCUGCGGGGUGAGCUGAUGCCACGAGGCAGUAGUGAGGGUGUCUUCUGGAUGGAGUACAGUGAUUUCAUCAGGUAUUUCGACUCCGUGGAUAUCUGCAAGAUACAUUCAGAUUGGCAGGAGGUACGGGUGCAGGGGAGCUUCCCCAGCUCUGCCAGUGGCCCUGUAGGAGUCACGGCACUCACUGUGCUGGAACGUGCUUCGCUGGAGUUUGCCCUCUUCCAGGAGGGCAGCAGGCGCUCAGACACAGUGGACAGCCACCUACUAGACCUGUGCAUCCUGGUGUUCCGGGCCACUUUUGGCAGCGGUGGUCGCCUGAGUCUGGGUCGCCUCUUGGCCCACAGCAAACGUGCUGUGAAGAAGUUUGUGAAUUGUGAUGUCAUGCUGGAACCUGGCGAGUAUGCUGUGGUGUGCUGUGCCUUCAACCACUGGAGCCCUGCCCCACCAGGGCCCCCUGCCACACAGGCCUCCAGCCCUUCAACAGGGGUCCCCCGAGGCAUCCCUGAGCCGCCUGGCCACGUGCUUGCAGUAUACAGCUCAAGACUGGUCAUGGUGGAGCCAGUGGAGGCACAGCCAACCACACUGGCUGAUGCCAUCAUCCUGCUCACUGAGAGCCGGGGAGAACGACAUGAGGGUCGUGAAGGCAUGACCUGCUACUACCUGACACAUGGCUGGGCUGGGCUCAUUGUGGUGGUAGAGAACCGGCACCCCAGGUCCUACCUGCAUGUCCAGUGUGACUGCACUGACAGCUUCAAUGUGGUGUCCACGCGUGGCAGCCUACGUACCCAGGACAGUGUACCACCUCUGCACAGGCAGGUCCUGGUGAUCCUGUCCCAGCUGGAGGGCAACGCUGGAUUCUCUAUCACACACCGCUUGGCACACCGAAAGGCAGCCCAGGCCUUCCUCAGUGAUUGGACAGCCUCCAAGGGCACCCACAGCCCCCCUCUCACACCUGAGGUCGCCGGCCUACAUGGUCCCCGGCCGCUGUGACCACUGCGCCCUUGCAAAGGGGCUUGUGCAGAUUGCCCACCUGUCCCCCAGAUGCACUUUAUGAGGGAGACCCCAAUGAAGGACGCUUGAACCAGAAUCUCAGGACCCCUGCCCAGGGAACCGCCAGCCACAGCUCCCCCUGGGCUCUCCCAUGCCCUUCUACUCCUCCCCUUCCCUGAUCACCCUCAGGCCCCUAGCCCAGGCUCCCAGCCACUAAGCAGAAUACCUCGAACCAGGUGGGCCACAUGCUAGCCCCCAUGACCUGCCAGCCUCAAGGACAGCAUCCAACAACAGUGGGGUCUGAACCAGGUUGGCCCAUCAUCAUAAACAUGGGCCAUCUCCUGCCAGGGAAAGGUAGCCAGGAGCUUUGUUCACAAAACCAAAUUUGGGGGUCAGAGGCUAGGACUCUGCAGUGAGAGCCAGGACUACCCGUGGCUUUGGGGAGGCAGCCUCUCUGUUUCCCCAGAUCCUGGUUCCCACCUGGAAGAGACAGACAGGGUUCCUGGAGCCCUGGUGUUUGAGCAGCGCAUCCCAGGAGGUGGGUGCCUGGUAGCCACAGACCAGGGCCCCUCCCAUGACACUAUGCAAUUCCUGGAGCGCCUGCUAGGAUCGAAGCCAUGACAGGGCAGCAAGUUGGGAGCUGGGCCAGUCCUGUUACUUGUGGGGUGCUUUGUCCUCAACAACCUAGACUGUGGCUGGCCAGGCUAGGGUCCAGUAGAACCAUGGGCCAGCUUCAUCCUAUGGCCUUCACCUAGCCACAGAGAGGAACCCUAGCGCCAUCACAGGCACAAGGCAGGGCAGCCACUUCCCCUCAAGAAGCCCAGGGAACUGAGCCACCCACCUGCCUGGCAUCCCCUCACUGCUUGUUGAAGCCAAUCUCCUUGUCUGCCACGUGGAUGUCCAAGUCCAGCUUCCUGGGUUCCCUACCCAGCCACCAUGGUCCUACAGGCCCUCGCAUCUUGUGGGGUUUGUAAGGCUUUUACAUCUGGAAACGCAUUCCCCUCUCCCCUCUGGGCCUCCUUUUAUUCUGAGCUGUGAAUAUUUUUAACCUUGUAAAUAUGGCCAGCUCUCCCAACAGAGACCAUUUUCUCAGCUGUCAGUCCCUUCCUGGUUUGAGGACUCCAUGGGCGGUUUCCACUCAGGCUCCAAGGACCAAAUAAAAGCGAUUUGUUUUGUAAA